AGAAUUCUGAGGAUGCUGAGGCGACCGAAUUUUACGGUAAUUCGAGAAGGAACCUCACCCACCGAUUGCCCGCCUCGAAAGAAGAUUUGGAAGAUUCGUUUUCUUAAAAAAAAAAUCGAAAUCGGUGGAUUUGAAAAUUUUGAAACGGGCCCCAGAAACUUCGUUUCCAUUCCCCCCGACGAUCGUGCUCGCGACUGCAUUACCGGGUCCAGGUAAGGGUUUACCGUUGUCGGUAAGUCUCGGGUCGAACGUAUUUCACGGCUUACCAUUGCGUUCGAACGCUCGAGUGAGAAAAGUCUCGGAAUCGGCAGGGGCAGGUGCGAGGGAGCCGCACGCAGGUCUGGCCGCGAGCGGGUGCACGCGCCGCGGAAAAGAGCGGGCGAGGGAGGGGCGGCAGGGAAAGACAAAAGAGAGGGGACAAAACCUCGCGAGUGGAAGUGGCUCGCGAGAGAAAGAGGGCGAGAAAGGAUGGAAAGUUCGUCGUGCAGGUGGAUCGAGUGAGAUGGCAAGUCAGGUGAGCCGAGCGCGAUCGCGGCGGGUAGGACGUGGGGGGUUUCUGUUUCGAGUUCGUUCGGUUCGGUCAGUUCGUUCACUGUGUUGCUCUCUCUCGCGUUGCUACGUGCUCGUUACAAAAACGUUUGCUUCCGAUUUGAAAGGAGUUUCGAGGAGCUCGAUAACGCCGCUGCGAUUUAUCGGGAAAACAAAUUCUCCGAUUACGCCGACUUGCGCCGUCGAUUUGACGCCAGGAAGUCUCUCAGUUUAUCGAGGAAACGACCCAAAUCGGCGGUCCAGUGCUCCCCUCAGUGCCCUCCGAAUCUCGAUCGUCCCGUCGAUCGCUCACUCGAUCGGAUGACGCAUACUCCAAUUUUUCUAAUCACGACUCCGAACAGCCUCCCGGACAACUCGAGAAAAUCGCCAAAAGACCGGCGCGAAAAUGUCCUCAGAACGAUUUCACAAGGCUGCGCGAGAUGGAGCCUUGGAAAUUCUUAAGGAAGCAACACGAAAGGACUGUAACUCUCGGGACGAAGGUGGAAUGACCCCAACACUAUGGGCAGCCUUCGAAGGUCACUUGGAUGCGCUGAGACUGCUAGUCGCCAGGGGCGGAGAUCCGGACAAGCCGGAUUACUUCGGGAACACAGCGCUGCACCUGUCGGCGGCCCGCGGCUACGACUUUUGCGUAAAAUUCUUGGUGAAAUUCGGUUGCAACAUUUGGGCCCUGGACAUCGACAGGCAUUCGGCCCGCGAGUUGGCGGCGAUCAACGGUCGAGAAAUGAUUCUGCAGUUCUUGGACCUCGUUCAGGCCGAGCAGGAAGCGAGCAAUAGAAAAAAGUGCAAAAUGCUUCGCGAGAAGGCCGAGAAGGACGCCGAAAAGCGAUUGAAGGAAUACGUGAAGCGACAAAAAAGCGCGGACAUCCGCGCGGAAAAGGAACAAAAAAAAAUGCUGAAAGAUCGCACCAAAAUGGACAUCGAGCUGCUCAACGAACACAACGUUCUACCUCACAGAGCCAGCGUUUUGACGUUCAGGGGCAGAGUCAAACCGUCCCAGACGUUCAGCGACAUCGUCGGCACGAUUUCGACCGCGAAUACCGGGACGACGAAGAGAAAAGGCAGCGCGGUGUGCCGGAAAGCUCUGGCCAGAAAAGCCGUCGCCGACGAUUUCAAAGUUGUCGAGAUCGAACAGGACGGCAAACGAUCGGUCAGAAGUCUGACCGGACUGAGAAGAGACUCCGAAGUCAUGUACGUCGGCACCUACGAGACCCAGGCGCAGCAGCAGCAGGUUGGCAAGCGCGGCAGAAUAUCCGACGUCUGGGGCACCCUGAGCAAGGCUCAGAGCACGCCCGAUCUCCUCGGCGAUCGCGAUUACGACGACGACGAUUACGACGAGCUUCUCCAUCGCUCCGGCACCAUGAAAAACGUCGUUGAGGAAGCUGUUCUUCUUCAAGAACCCGCCAGCAUUUUUAACCGACCUGGCUUCGGCUCCGUUGCCUUCAGAAGAUCGGCAAGUUCCCUUUUUAUAACAGCUACGCUCGACAAUCUUCCGGUUACACAGAUGAACGUUCACCAACGUCCGGCAUACGGCAACGGCUCCAUCGACGAGUCGUUGACCGGCAAUCGGAAUGGCACGAACGGUCACAACAACGAGGAAAUCAGCAUAGGAAGCGCCGGGAGCCUCGCGCGCAGACAAAACAUGUGGGACGACGACAGGCUUUCUGGUGAAGAAGAAACCGACGAGACCGACGAAGAGUGGACUCCCCUGCAGAGAUUCCUCGUUGCCAACAAUUUGACUUCGAUACAGAGCGUCCUCGAGGCAGAGCAAAUCGACCUGGAAGCUCUGAUGUUGCUGACCGACGCGGACAUCGCAGCCCUCAAACUCCCCUUAGGUCCGAGACGGAAGCUCACAAACGCGAUCGCCGAUAGACGAGAAGACCUCGAGGCUCCGGAGAAGAUAAUCAAAGAUACGAGAUUGUGAGAAAUCUCGAUUCCCUUUGACUCUUCAUUCCUCAUCCUUCAUCCAGCAAUAUUUUCCCUGUGUUCGCUCCGAUUGCUCGAGCCUCGAUGAGCCGAAGAGCCCGACGAGUUUGUAAGCUUCGCGUCAAUAAAAAAGCAUUUGCUUUCCA